AUGGCCGAGGCAUCAGAGCCAGCCAGCGUGGAUUUCAGUAUCUGCAUUGUUGGUCUGGCUGAGGGGAUUGAGUCCAGCAUCAGCAAAUUUGCAGAUAACACCAAGCUGGGUGUGGCCAUCAAAAGGGUGCCACGGUACUGCGUCCAUCACUGGGGUGAGCUGCCCGACGGCACCAGCGCGCCCCUGGAGAUCGUGCUGCUGGACAAGGUGUCCAGUGGCUUCUCCGGCGUGGUCCAACUGCUGGAGUGGGUUGAGCUCCCCAACGACAUCUUGAUGGUGCUGGAGCGCCCGGAGCACUGUCAGGACCUGCACCAUUUCAUUCGGGCACGGGGAUUCCUGUCCGAGGGGGUGGCGCGGCAGCUGUUCCGGCAGGUGCUGGAGGCCGUGCGGCACUGCACCAGCUGCGGGGUCCUGCACAGGGAUAUCAAGCCAGCGAACAUCCUCGUUGACCUGGCCACCGGGCAAGCCAAACUGAUUGAUUUCGGCUGUGGCACCUACCUGCAAGAGACAGCCUACAUUCGCUUUGCAGGAACACCAUCAUACAGCCCCCCGGAAUGGACCCAUUUUGGCUGGUACUAUGGCAAGCCAGCUACCAUCUGGUCCCUGGGUAUCGUGCUGCACCAGAUGGUCUGCGGGGAGCACCCUUUCAGGAGGGACCAGAACAUCAGCUGGGACCAUCAGCUCUCGCUGCCACAACGGCUUUCUUCAGGUGGAUCCUCAUCUCUGGACAUGGCUGGGGCCCUGGACAGAGCCCUGACAGCCUGGUCGGAGCCCAGGGAAGUAGAAGGAGCCCCCAGAGAAGCUGUACCAGGUGGGGCUGCUGCUGCAGCAGACAGCGAGGAUCACAUCAAGGAUGACAGCCUCUUCCUGGACCUGGCCACUGUGAAUUCCCAGCCCAUUGCUGUCUCCAUCACUCUGUUGCCUAUCUUGAUGCCUCUGACCACAAGGAAGGCCGAGCCCCAGGUUUAG